AGCAUGGAGAUAACAACGAAGGGCUUAAGGUCAAAGGUGACUUACAUCUACAUCGUAGCAUCUUAAAUAUUUAUCCAUUAUGUCUAACAUGUCAUCAACUGACUGAUGCUUGUAAUCUGCUAUGUACACCUAGCAAGCCUCAAAUAUUUGUACACGUGCGUCAAGCGUUAUUCAUGUAUACAUGUAUGUACCCGACUAUCAAAAUUCUGAAAUAAUUUUGCGUAUCAAGGAAAAACACGGAUUUAAAGUGUUUUCGUAAAUUAUUUGUCAGAUAAAAUGGAAGUUUUAUCGGUUGUGUUCGGAUUUUGAAUGAUAACAAUUUGAAGCUUAUCUAUAAUGGUCGAUCGAUGUUAUGUCAGGGAUAUUUAGUGCUUUAAUAGUAAACGGGUAUCCAAAACGUUGAAAUAUGGAAUUUAUAAGACCUUUCUCGGCAGUUUUCAUGAUAUUUUUAGCACUGGUAUCUUCGCAAGCACGGUCAUUAUCGCCAAUGAGUCAAACUACUGUUACCAAUCUCCCUACAAGUGACGCAUCUGCUCAAACCAAAACAACAUCAACUACACGGCUGUCAACUGGCCAUACGAAAGUGACAAAAAGUUUAUUUAACUCAAGUGAAGCAAUUUAUAAAUCUACACCUACGACGCAUAAGCCUUCAUUUGCUCCGACAAGUAAUCAAUCGGGCACAAUACCAUCUUAUAAAACGACAAGUAAUCAAUUAAUCGCAUCGUCAACUUAUACCACCUAUCCAUCAUCAACAGUAAAGACAUCUUUUGUAACAUCAACUGAAAGCGUAUCAAACUAUCAGACUUCAGUAUAUACAACAUAUAUUACUAGUAAAUCAUCGAACAAACAUACAAGUGCAGUGACUUCAGCAAACGGUGCUUCAACAACAUCAUCUUACACUGAGACAGUGGCAGCAAAGAAAGAUAUAAAAACAACACAUUUAAGAGAUGCUAAUACGGCUUCUGUGGCGACAACGAGUACAUCUCCUACUUAUAAGAUAUAUCCCUCUACACAUUCAACAAUGGCAACAAUUAACACUAUAGAUCUUUUAAAUAAUCAGUCAAAAUCAACGCAUUCUCUUCAACCAACAGUCAUAGAGACAGUACCACCAACUUUCCAAGCAACAGACGUAUCUACUGAUUCAUACGAUAUUUCAACAAGUACGCCGACAUACCAUUCAACUAGCACAUUACCAGUGACUUCCACGAACGUAUUUAAAAGUACACCACAUGAGCAACUAACAAGCUUAUCGCCAGUACCAUCCACAACUGUAUUAACAACACCAAAACAGUCAACAAACAUCUCUUUCCAUAACUCAACAGGCACACUAAAAGUGAUUUCCACAUCACCUUUUGCAAGCAGUUCACCUUUAAAGACGACAACAGCUUCUUCGCAUGUUCCAACAAACAAAUCGACAGUUACUUCAACAGUUAAGUUAACAAACACAACGCCUUCCCCGUCAACAAGCACUACACAACACCAGACAAUAAACACUACACAACACCAAUCAACAAACACUACACAACACCAAUCAACAAACACUACUCUUCAGCACUCAAGACAUACUUCGUCUUAUGAAACAACAAGUACUCCAUCUGAUCAUUCCACAAGUACAUCUUAUCAAUCUAAAAGCGUAACAGCUCAUCAGUCAACAAGCUUUCCGCCCUAUCAGUCAACAAGCAGUACACAGUAUCAUUCAACAAACGCUACGUUCUCACAAUCAACAAACACUAUGAAAGGCAAAUUUAUAACAACUUCGCCUAGCCAGUCAACAAGCACAACAAUCAUGACACACGAACCAACAAGCAUAUCUUCUCGUGCUUCAGAUAGCACACCGCACGUGACAAAAGUAAAAACGUUAACAAGCACAAUUCCUGAUCAAUCAGCAAACACCUCUAAACAUCUAACAUUCCGUACAUCAACGGUUACAACAACCAAAUCAUUUGAAAAAACAGUGACUGAUUCAACUUCCAAUCUAGCUCUGACUACAUCAGAUGUAACGACAAAAAACUUAACCACAUAUACCCCUUUUAAUUCAACAACAGGUGUAGCCUCCAAGUUAUCAUCGCUUACUUUUUCCAGGAUCACUGAUACAUCAACGAAUACAAAAACUACUCGGAUGUCAACAUUGCCAACAUUGUCAUCAACACGUAAACCAAAAAAUAAUAAUACUGGUAUUGUAACAGGCGCUUCUGUCGAAGCAACACCAUCAACCGUUAAUUCGUCUACACAUACUACUACAAAAGAGCCAACAUUUUCAUCAACAUCCUCUACAUUACCAACAAGCGUACACACAAAUAUUUAUACGACAGACGAACAAACAACAGUUACACACGGUUUUACCCCGUCCGGUAAAACGUCAAAUACAAAUGUGAAUUCGUCGGUAAGAUCUGAAUAUACCCUGUCAACAAGCACAUCACCUGUCCAAACAUUAAAUGCAACAACGACUUUACCUACCACAUACUCAUCUACUAAGUCAAACACUUCUAUUGUUAAAACAUCAAAUUUACCUACGAGCUUACCAAAUACAUACGAAAAUAUUACUUCUUCAAUUUCUUCACCUUUCCAAACAUCAAAAUCAACUAUCAAUUCAACGAUUACAUCCUCGCAUAAUAUGGGAUAUAGUUCUGAUUCGUCUGUUAAAACAUCGGUUAAAACAACACCUUUGGAUGUAACACAUGUACAAACCACAUUUUCUAGUUCUUUACUUGUCCAAACGUCAAAUUUAAGUACGAAUUUUCCAAUUAAACUUGAAUACACCACACCAAAUACACAACAAGCUAAAACUUUUAAUGCAACUUCAAAUUUACCAACAACACAAUCAUCUUCUUUGUCAAGCAUUUCGUCUGUACAAACAUCAAAUACAGCCACGAAAUUAACUACGUCACACUUAACCUCUUCAAAUAGUUCACUUUUUCAAACGACCAAUCUAACGACACAUUCACCAGUUACAUACGAACAUUCCAUGCUGUUAAAUAUUUCAUCUGUCCAAAUGUCUAAUGUAUCUACCAAUCUACCAUUAACAUAUGAACAAACUAUGUCAAGUACUCAAACUGUUCUAAUAUCAAAUGCAACUGAACAUUUACCUGUCACAAACGAAUUGAACACAUCAAGCACCCCAGUCGCGAAAACGUCAAGUAUAUUGCCAAUCACAACGUCAAUUGCAUCACCUGUCCAAAUGUCAAAUGUAACUACUAAUUCACCAUUAACACACUCGCAUACCGCGUCUACUACACCACGUGCUCAAACGUUAAAUGUGAUGGUAUAUUCAACUAUUUCAAAGAAUCACACCACAUCAGGUGAACCAGUUACGAAAACAGGAAACACAAAUACAUCACAAAGUAGUAACACAUUCCUGUUCACUACUACUUCACCAAAUGCAUCAACCAUUGGAGUUACACCAUUUUCUUCAGAUUUACCAAUAACAGGUUUGAAUACAAAAUCAAAAUCUUCUACUGGUAGAACAACAAUAACGUCUACGAAUUUAUCAGCUACGUCUUCACACGCUAUGAAUACAUCAACUUACACAAAUAUUUCACAAUAUUCAACCGGUCAGUCAACAAUGCAAACUGGUUACACAGCAACACAGUUAACCAACAAAACUCAAGCAACAACAGCGAGUGGUCUUCCAACGUCUACCCAAACAUCAGUAUCGCCUAUAUAUAAUCAAAGCACAUCAACUGUUAAAACAACCAAAGUCAUGAAACAUCCAUCGACAGGCUCCGCAACGUAUUCAACAAAAAAUAAAGUAAUAUCUAUUUCUUCAAAUUCAACAGUAACAAAGCUGCCAUUGACGUCCACAAAAAGCAGUUCAGUCAAACAAUCAUCAAAGACAGCUACACAUUCAGGAACAGAAUAUACCAAAACAUCACCAACAGUAAUAACAACUUUGUUGACGACAGCAGCAACUUUAGACAUUCCAACUAGCCAGGUAACGAGAUCAGCAACUACAAACGCAGUUCGCCAAUCCUCUACCAAACGAACUGCAAUAACAUCAACAUUUUCAGAUGUAUCCGCAUCAACAAUAAAACAUAUAUCAUCUAGUACGUCAUCAAUAAUCACGACAAGGAAACAAUCAAAUGCAGAGACAAGAAAUAUCUUUUCAACAAUAAAAAUUAAUCACAUCACUGAUGGAGAUGUAGAAACAUCAAGUACCAUAGCAAUUCAGCAAGGUACCGAAGAUAUUCCACAGCAAAGUGCUCUAAAAAGUAAUGGUUUAUCUACGGGAGGGAAGGCAGCUCUCGGUAUAUGUAUACCAUUGUUCAUCCUCUUCUUAGUAGGCGUUGCAUUCUGGUUGCACAGAAGGCGAAAAUACCGGGGAAACUGGAUUAUAACACGUGACGUGGAUUACAUGCCAUGGCGAUAUAGUAACGCAAGUUUCCUAAGUGAGGACGAGGGAGAGUCGUCAGGUAUAAAUCGAAGAUGAGGAAAUGGUUUUCUAUUGGUUUUCUGUUAAAACAGAUGGAGGGAUAUUCUUCUGAAGAUGACAUUGACCGGAUGUUAUUCUAUAUGCGUAGUCAUCCGAUGUUUUUUUGUGAUACUUACGGAAAGACAAUUUGUGAAUAAAGUUCACAUGACCAUAUUUCCACAGAUUUCUUUGGAUGGUGUACUGUUUGUGACUUUCUGUGUCUUAUUACUGAAUUCUUCUGGUGACAUUCAGUAGAUGACAUUAUGUGGGUAAAAUAAUAUUGGGUGACAUUAUCCUGAUAACAUUCCGUACAUGAUAUUCCAGGUAAUUGAUAUUCUCAGGGUGACAAUUUCGAUGAUGAUAUUUGUUAGAUAACCCAUGCAUUGGAUGUCAUUCUUCUUUGUAUAUUAUACUUGCCAAGUUGGUGAUAUUCUUUGGUGGACAUUCUGUCGAGAACAUCCUUUAAAUAAAACGUUUCAUGAAAACAUAGUAAACUCUCGUAAGACAUUCAAUUGUGAUACACAAAAUUGCAUAAUAGUAAGACAUGGGGUGUAUUUGUUCUAGUCAAAUCAUUUAAUAUCAUAAUUCGGAGAGAUGGACACAAACGCAUACAAAGAGCUAUGUUUAAGACAGUAGCCUGGCAUGAACAAAGAUAUGACAGAAAAAACUUUAUGCUACGGCUUUGGAAAUACAUAUCAAACUUAGCGGCUAUUGCGUUUUAGAUAAAUGUGUGAUGUCAUAAUAGACUGUGUUAUUUAAAUGGUUUUUGUGUUACUAUUAUACUUGUAUGUAAUAUAUUCUUCCAAAUACCAUGUUCAUCUUGCUCAAAAUGUCUUAAGUGAUCAUUUGUUGUUCAUAAAUUUAAAUAAAGUUACAUGUACAUUUUAAAGUUGUCGUGUUCCAUAUUUGUAAAGAACUUCUGAAGGUCUAGUUUUCUCUAAGAUGUUGUGAUGAUAAGUUUGGAACCGAUGGCUUAGUGGUUAUGGCGUCUGCCUG